GGUGGACUGCGAUGGAGUCGCUUGUAUAUCGUCUGCUGUUCUUCAUGCUAAUCACUCAUCAUGUGUCGUCUGGAGAUCAGCGUACAGUGUUUCGCUCGCGCCGGCGGGCCAACGCUCUGCUCCUGCGCUCCAGACGGGCCAAUACAUUUCUGCUGGAGGAGAUCCUGCAGGGCAAUCUGGAGCGCGAGUGUUAUGAGGAGAAAUGCAGUAAAGAAGAGGCCCGAGAAUGCUUCGAGAACGACCAGAAGACGAAUGAGUUCUGGGCCAAAUACUAUGAUGGAGACCAGUGCAGAUCUAACCCGUGUCAACAUGGCGGCACGUGUAAGGAUGGCAUCGGCCGAUACACCUGUACCUGUGCGGAGGCGUACAGCGGGCACGACUGUCAGACAGAUAAAUCCCAGUGUCCAUCUGCUGGCCCUUUAGCAUGUGAGCACUUCUGCAGGCCGUCAACAGCUGCAUACCGAUGCUUCUGUGCUCGCGGAUACACACUCAACAGCGACGGCAGGAGCUGCUCACCUAACGUCCAGAACCCGUGCGGGACGACGGAGAUGUCCAGUUUCUGUCCUGAUGGACGCUGCUCAUGGGAGGUGAGGUUUCUGAACGCCAGCGGUCAUGACGUGUGUCACGGUGUGAUUCUGGGCCAGAAGUCUAUUCUGACAUCAGCCACAUGUAUGACUGCACUGCAGGAUCUGCACUUCACUGUCGCGGUGGGCGUCUCCACUGCAGCUGUGCGCGUCUCCAGCUGGACACCUCAUAAGCGUUUCCUCUCUGGUCCGGAUGAUGACCUGUGUUUCCUGGAGCUGCAGGAGCCGUUCCCCCCCAACAUCAGCACCGUCCCGCUCUGCCUGCCUGAGAAAGACUACAGCGAGAACAUCCUGAUGAGGGCAGGGCGAGAGGGUGUGGCCGAGGGCGGAGCCACAUACUCAUACCUGUCAUUGGACGACUGCCGUGACGCUCUGAACCUCACCUUCGUGAUGACCAAUAAGAUGUUCUGCAUGAAGCGUGAGUCUGCAGGCUCCGAGCGCUGCACUGUGAGCUCCGGCAGCCCCGCCGCCACACUGGAGGGAAAAACAGCCUUUCUGACAGGCGUGUCUCUGUCUGCGGGACGCUGCGGGGACACACUGCUGUUCACCAAACUGUCCCGAUACCUGCACUGGCUGCGGCCGCUGCUGCUCGCCUCCGAGAGGGAGCAACCCUGAGAGGGAAACAGACUAUACACAGAGCAGGAUCUGAUUUUGAAAGUAAUGCAGUGCAAUAUUGAGCUGCUCCUUACUUGAGUUACUGAAGAGGAACUAGUAGCUUUACUUGGUUACCUGUUAUGGUGAGUAAUACGUUACAUUACUGUUGAGUUAUUUAUAGCGAUUCUAAAAAUGAUUGCAUUGCAGUCGAGAUUUAAAAGAUAAUAAGUUAAGAAUUGUUUUAUUUUAAAAACGAUUUCCUGAAAACUCAGAUGAGAAUCAGUGUUUGGCUGAAAAAAAUAAUAAAUUAAAUAAAUAAAAUGACUACAACUGACAACAAAA